AUGCGAGCCUUCGGGUUGUUUGGUCGCAUAUCAGCCACCGCUACCACCGCUGCUGCUACCACUGCCGCCAUAUCUCGUUCCAAGACAACGGCCACGGCCACGGCCGCUUCGCGACUAGUCUCUCUCUCCAGGCACUUCUCCUCCACCCCGCCCAUCAUGGCCCCCAUCUCGAAAGAGAUCGACCUGCUCGUCAUCGGCGGCGGCAGCGGUGGCCUCGGUGCCGCUCGCAUGGCCAGCGGCAAGUUUGGUGCCAAGGCCAUGAUUGUCGAGGCCCAGCGCCUCGGCGGCACAUGCGUCAAUGUUGGCUGCGUGCCCAAGAAGGUCACCUUCAACGCCGCCGCCAUCGCCGAGGCCAUCCGCGACUCCAAGGCCUACGGCUUCUCGGUCGAGGAGGCCAAGCCCUUCGACUUCGGCGCCUUCAAGCGCAAGCGCGACGCCUACGUCAAGCGGCUCAACGGCAUCUACGAGCGCAACCUCGCCAACGACAAGAUCGAGUACGUCCACGGCCGCGCCCGCCUCCUCAGCCGGCACGAGGUCGAGAUCGCCCUCGACGACGGCUCCACCGCCACCGUGCGCGCGAACCGCAUCGUCGUCGCCGUCGGCGGCGAGCCCGCCAGGCCCCCCGCCGACAUCCCCGGCGCCGAGCUCGGCACCGACAGCGACGGCUUCUUCGACAUCGACGCCCUCCCCCGCAGGGUCGCCAUCGUCGGCUCCGGCUACAUCGGCGUCGAGUUCGCCGGCAUGUUCAACGCCCUCGGCGUCGAGACCCACCUCUUCAUCCGCCACCAGACCGUCCUGCGCGCCUUCGACCCCAUGAUCCAGGAGGGCGUCACCGCCGAGUACGAGCGCCUCGGCGUCCGCGUGCACAAGGAGUCGGCCCUGACCCGCGUCGAGCGCGACCCCGCCACCGGCGCGCUCACCAUAGCCUACCGCGGCCCCGCCGGCGAGGCCACCCUCGACGGCGCCGACCACCUCAUCUGGGCCAUCGGCCGGACGCCCCUGACGCGCGGCCUCGGGCUCGAGGAGGCCGGCGUCCGCCUCGACGCCAAGGGCCACGUCGUGGUGGACGAGUUCCAGAACACGUCGGUCGACAACAUCUUCGCGCUCGGCGACGUGGCGGGGCGCGUCGAGCUGACGCCGGUGGCGAUCGCGGCGGGGCGGCGGCUCGCCGAGCGGCUGUACGGGGGCGCGGCGUUCGCGGCGGCGCGCAUCUCGUACGAGGACGUGCCGUCGGUCGUGUUCGCGCACCCGGAGGUGGGCAGCGUCGGGCUGACGGAGCCGCAGGCGGAGGCGCGGUACGGCCGCGAGAACCUGACGGUGUACCGCACCAGCUUCACCGCCAUGUACUACGCCAUGAUGGAGCCCGAGCACAAGGCGCCGACGCGGUACAAGGUGGUGUGCGCCGGCCCCGAGCAGCGCGUCGUCGGCCUGCACAUCAUGGGCCUCGGCAGCGGCGAGAUGCUCCAGGGCUUCGGCGUCGCCGUCAAGAUGGGCGCCACCAAGAAGGACCUCGACGCCUGCAUCGCCAUCCACCCCACCAGCGCCGAGGAGCUCGUCACCCUCAAGUAG